AAACCCCCCUUGUGAGAUGGAUUUUUUGAACUGACUGAACAAUCGUUUUCAACGAAGCUGAAAAGUGCGCGCGAUGCGAUGCUCGUGAAGUGAAUUGGUAAUUCCGUGAUCUCCGUGAAAAAAAUUCGAAUUUGCCCCCCUGAAUGGGCGGAUGGGCCGGGCGAUGUCUUCACUAGGAAUUAUGACCCUUACGCGCACACCGUGUGAGCUCGACAAGAUGAGCCUUUUCCAAGACCUGAAGCUAAAGAGAAGAAAAGUAGAUUCACGCUGCAGCAGUGACGGCGAAUCGGUCGCCGAUACAAGCACUUCUUCGCCAGAUCUGGUGAGCCCGUCGUCACCGAAGAUGUCUGACGUCGUCGGUCCGACUCCUCCGAGUCCGGAUUCGACGCCACCAUCCUCUUUAACGCGUCAACAACAACAACAACACCAUCACCACCACCAUCAUCAUCAACAUCAACAACACCACCAGCAGCACCACCACCACCAUCAGCAGCAGGAUAACUCGAUGAUGACGUCGGCGACGACGGCUGUUGCGAUCACCACCUCGACGACAACGACGACCUCGGAUCUAGCAUCGAGUCGGCUGCAAGAGUCGGGUGUCUUUGAUGGUGGAGGAGGAGGUGGAAGCACCACCAGCGUGAUAAGGUUGCUUCCUGUUUCGCGUGCCCAGAGUCCGCCUGUCCGGCCUGCUCCAGCGACAAGCCCGGCGCAGCCACCCAGACCGCACAGUUCGCCCGGAAGACCGGCAAACAGCAGCCCCAUCGUGCGGCAAAGUCCACUCAUUAUCACCCCACCAACCAACUCGCGGAUAAACGGCGUCAAACCCGAACUGAUCGGAGGCAAUUUUAGCAAUUCCGUUCUCGGCGCUCCUCUCCGACAGACGCCCACCGUGAUCAUGGGCGAGGCGGGCGGAGUGCGCACGAUGAUCUGGUCGCAGCCGACGACGCCGCUGCCGCAGACGACGACCAUCAUAGAACCGCAAAUCUAUGCGGCGACGACGUCCACGUGGAGCAACAGCAGCAACUCGAAUAUGUCGACGGGGACGAACCCCGAAGAGAGCGCCGCACAGAUGCUCCUCAACUUGGGACAAGACAACAGAUCCUCGUCAGGUAGACAGAUGGGGACGGCGACAUCAGCUGCAACCGGCAGAACGGCGAUGCAUCAUCAUCAACACGUCUCCUCGAUCAGAUCACCGACGUCGACGUCCUCCUCUUCAUCUUCGUCGGCGGCUGUAGCGGCAGCAGCUGCUGCAGUUGCUGCGGCCGUCGCAAACACGACAUUCACGAAUGUGCCUCUGAACAUGGAAAGGCUCUGGGCCGGCGAUCUUACGCAGUUGCCCGCCAAUCAGGCCCUCAAUCUGACCUCCUCCUCGAACUCACCCAAUCACGGCGGUGCCAACGUCAUGUAUUCGACAACCUCCAAGCAGCAACAGCAACAGCAGGAUUCUAGCGGUGUUUCCAAGCUACUUCCCGGUAUCAUGAACGAUUCGGGUGGUGUUGGUGGAGGCGCCGGGUCGGUGGUACACGACGCUACCGAUGAUGACGACCAACCGAUGAUCUGCAUGAUCUGCGAAGAUAAAGCCACAGGUCUUCAUUACGGCAUCAUCACCUGCGAGGGAUGCAAGGGUUUCUUCAAGCGAACCGUGCAGAAUCGACGAGUCUACACGUGCGUCGCGGAUGGAAACUGCGAGAUCACGAAAGCCCAACGCAACCGGUGCCAGUAUUGCCGUUUCAAAAAGUGCAUCGAGCAGGGCAUGGUUCUUCAAGCCGUGCGUGAGGAUCGGAUGCCUGGAGGCAGGAACAGCGGUGCUGUCUAUAACCUGUACAAGGUCAAAUACAAGAAGCACAAGAAGGCGGCCAACAAGCAGACACAGCAACAGCAUCUUCAGCAGCAGCAGCAGCAACAACAGCAGCAGUUGCAGCAGAAGAGUCUCGGCGAGAAGGCCGCGAUGUUGGCGACUUCGGUGAAGCUGGAGCAGGCGGCUAACAUUCCCUCGCACCUGGUGAACGGCACCAUCCUGAAGACGGCCCUCACCAAUCCCAGUGAGGUCGUUCAUCUGAGGCAGAGGUUGGACACCGCCGUGAGCAGUUCUCGUGACCGCCACUACUCGACAGAUUACACGCUCUCGAUGAUACAGACGCUGAUAGACUGUGAUGAAUUCCAAGAUAUCGCCACCCUGCAGAACCUCGACGAUCUGCUCGACCACAAAUCCGAUCUGAGCGAGAAACUCUGCCAGAUCGGCGAUUCGAUCGUCUACAAGCUGGUGCAGUGGACGAAACGACUUCCUUUUUACCUGGAGUUACCCGUCGAGGUUCACACCCGUCUCCUUACCCACAAAUGGCACGAACUGCUCGUCCUCACCACGUCCGCCUAUCAAGCGAUCCACGGACAACAGCACCAUAAUCAACACCAACACCAUAAUCACCAUCACCAUAGUAAGCAGCAAUCCGUCGAUCAGCAGCAAGUCACCACCGAACCGGACUUUACGCAAGAGGUCACCACGAAUCUGUGCACCCUGCAGAACUGCCUGACUUCGAUGAUGGGAAGGCAGAUCACGAUGGACCAGCUGCGUCAGGACGUCGGUCUGAUGGUCGAGAAGAUCACCCACGUCACGCUCAUGUUCAGACGGAUCAAGCUAUCCAUGGAGGAAUACGUGUGCCUUAAAGUCAUCACCAUGCUUAAUCAAGCGAGACCUGGUGGAGGCGCCGGUGCGACAGAACUGGAGAAUAUACAGGAGAGAUACAUGGCAUGUCUGAGGGUUUACACCCAACAUAUCUGUCCACAGCAACCAUCUAGGUUUCAGGAGUUACUAGUUCGAUUACCUGAAGUACAAUCGGCAGCCGCUCUACUACUUGAAAGCAAAAUGUUUUAUGUUCCUUUCCUCCUAAAUUCAGCAAUUCAAAGAUAGUACUAAUGCGUUUUGUAUAUCAUCUUCAUCAUUAUCAUCUCUUCACCAACAUCAUCGUUAUUUCUAUUAUUAUUACAACAACAACAACAACUAUUAUUACCAUUAUUAUUAUCAUCAUCGCUACUAUUCUUCUCAAAACACGAAACAAAACCGAAGCGAAUCAUCAACUUUGACGGAUCGACGUACGUACUUCACAGGUGUUUUUGUUAUCUUUAUAUUUUUGUUUAAA